UCCUCCGCUGGCUGUUUCAAAUUAAACAUUCCACUUUGGCUCAAUUGUGUCUGGGAGAUCUCCGCGCUUUUUGCUGAUAUCCCGCAAGUUACUUUAGCUGUCUUGAGUGGUGGCAACGAUGUAAGUCACAUGGCCAACAUUUACGUACUCUCGCAGCGUUUCACGGGGUAGUGAAGGGCCCCCCAGCUGUUCUGGACAAAGGGUUCUGGAGGCUCCGUUCAGGCUUUCACUCUGGGAGAGUUGAUCAGACAGACGAGCAAGUGAAAAUGAGGUCGGCUGACAGCUUGUGCAAGUGGACGCGAAGGUUGUUGAUAUUAUCUGCUGUCGUCUUCGUCGGAUUUCUAAUAGGAUGGUUUGGUCGGUCGUGCAUGAACUUCUCUACAAUGAAACAUAUAAAUAUACAGAAUAAACUGCUGAAUGAGAUGCAAGCUGAAAAUAUCAGAUCAUACCUCCGGAAUUGGACGCGAUUUCCUCAUUUAGCUGGGACUGUAAAGAAUCUCCAGUUAGCCCAAGAGAUUCAGACCCAGUGGAAGAACUGGGGCCUAGAUUCAGUUGAAUUGGCUGAAUAUGAUGUCUUGUUGUCCUACCCAAAUAAAAGUAAUCCUAAUUACAUCUCUAUCACCAAUGAGAAUGGAUAUUCGAUCUUCAACACGUCCUUAUUUGAACCACUGCCUCCUGGAUAUGAAAAUAUGGAGGACGUGGAACCACCUUUCAAUGCUUAUUCUCCAGCGGGGAUGCCAUUGGGGGACUUGGUCUAUGUUAAUUAUGGACGUUAUGAGGACUUCACCUGGCUGGAGAGGGAAAUGGGUCUCAACUGCACUGGAAAAAUUGUAAUUGCCAGAUAUGGGAAAAUCUUCAGAGGAAACAAGGUCAAGAAUGCUAUGAAGGCAGGUGCUGAAGGAGUCAUCUUUUACUCUGACCCGGCUGAUUACACUGCGCCAGGUGUGUUACCUUACCCAAACGGCUGGAACCUCCCUGGAAGUGGAGUGCAGCGUGGAAACGUGUUGAACACAAAUGGAGCUGGAGAUCCCCUUACCCCAGGAUUUCCAGCGAAUGAAUAUGCAUUCAGAUUGGAUGUAGCUAUUGGCCUUCCCGAAAUUCCUGUUCAUCCAAUCAGCUAUCAAGAUGCGGAACAGUUGCUGCGACAUAUGGGAGGAACUCCAGCCCCCAGUGAAUGGAAAGGACAACUGAAUGUUUCUUACAACAUUGGACCUGGCUUCAAGGACAAUUACUCCUCACACAAAGUCCAAAUGCAUGUCCACACAAGGAAUGAGGUGAGAAGAAUUUACAACGUAAUUGGCAAAAUUCGGGGAGCAGUGGAACCAGAUCGGUACGUCAUUCUGGGUGGGCACCGUGAUGCAUGGGUCUUUGGCGGCAUUGAUCCCACUAGUGGAGCAGCUACUCUGCAUGAAAUUGUGAGGAGUUUUACGAAGCUUAUGAGAGAGGGUUGGAGACCUAGAAGAACUAUAAUAUUUGCCAGCUGGGAUGCAGAAGAAUAUGGUUUAUUGGGAUCCACAGAGUGGGUAGAGGACAAUGCCAAACUGCUUCAGGAACGGGCCGUGGCAUAUAUCAAUGCAGAUUCAGCUAUUGAAGGUAACUACACACUGAGAGUUGACUGUAGCCCACUGCUCAACCAGUUGGUUUAUAAUCUGACCAAAAAGAUGCUGAGCCCUGACGAUGGAUUUGAGGGAAAAACCCUUUACCAGAGUUGGUACGAGAAAGAUCCUUGGAUAGGUUACAAGGAAACUCCCAGGAUAAGAAAACUAGGAUCCGGCAGCGACUUUGAAGCUUUCUUUCACCGAAUUGGCAUAACCUCCGGCCGUGUGCGAUACACAAAAAACCGAAAAACCGACAAGUACAGCAAUUACCCGACGUAUCAUAGUAUAUAUGAAACGUUUGAGUUGGUGGAAUGGUUCUAUGACCCUUCGUUUAAGAAACUACUUACAGUGGCCCAGAUACGAGGAGGAUUAGUUCAUGAGCUGGCAGAUUCUACCAUCAUACCUUUUGACUGCAGAGAUUAUGCUGAUGCCUUGGUUGAAUAUGCAAACAUCAUUUAUGAGCAGGCAGUACAACACCAAUUGCAGCUUAAACAAUACCAAGUCGGCUUUGACUCUCUGUUCUCUGCUGCACAUAACUUUUCAAUUGUUGCUACAGAGUUUCAUGAACGAUUACAAACGAUUGACACCAGCGACCCUCUUGUGGUACGAAUGAUAAAUGACCAGUUAAUGCUGUUGGAAAGAUCCUUUAUUCAUCCUCUGGGAUUACCAGGGAGACCUUUCUACAGGCAUAUCAUUUAUGCUCCCAGUACCCACAAUAAGUAUGCAGGAAUAUCCUUUCCAGGAAUAUAUGAUGCAUUAUUUGAUAUAGCAAAUGCCCCAGAUCAACGCAAAGCCUGGCAAGAAGUGAAAAAGCAGAUUGCUAUUGCUUCCUUUACAGUGCAGGCUUCUGCUGAGAUAUUGAAGCAAAUAUAAUUGUAUUUAGUUUUGUGACUUUGAGAUGCUGUGGAACAGAAACUGGACCAUGAGCUGAAGAUAUAGCAUUGAGCCCAUCCCUUGAUUAACCAUUUGAGAAUAUGAAUGGUUCUAUCAAAUUAAACCGCCUUUCUAUCAGAAUAUGCACAUUAUUUAUCACUCGUUCACUAUAUAAUCUACACUGCAGCUGUGCUAGUUGUAAUGCCUUGUUUCAGAUGGAUCAUAUUGUUAUCAAUUUGGAUACACUGCAGGAUGUGAGCGUAAAUAUGAUUUUUUUUUAAAUGAAAAAACUUUCUGACACAGUAGUUUGAAAACAUUUGUUAUAUAUGAAGAGAAAUUAGUGAGUAGACUUCAAAAAUUGUAAUUAAAAUUCAAACGCUAGAAUAGUGAAUAUACAAUAUCAACAAUGCUGAAACUUGUUAUUGCUGUCAAUUAUGUCGAUCUUCAAUGGAAUAUAAACAGCUGAUGCUGCAUCCUGACUAUGAAUGUUUAUAGCUUUUAGUUUCAAGAAUAUAUGCUAUAUAUGCAAUGUUUUUGUCUUCCAUAUCACUGUCCAGAGCAUGGUCUUCUCUCAUUAAUUUGUAUGUUUGUAUAUUUCACCUUUACUUAAAAAUCGGUACUUCAUUCUGCGAGGAGACAUAUUUUCCUUUUUGUCAAUAAAUGAUGAGACCUUG